CUUUAAUGACUCACGCGUUCGUUCACCUGUUUAAUGUAUUCAUAUAAAUUCUUUUGUUAUUGUGUUAAAUACAGUAAAGAGCGUGUAGAAAUGAUUUAUUUAUAGUUGGAUAUGGUAGAAUCUCUACAAUAGGGACAAAAUCAUAAUUUUUUUUGUGGAAACUUAAGUGUAGAGUUAUUGUUACACAAGUAUUAAAAACAUUAUAAACUUUAAUUAUGGCAGAAAAAAAGAGUCCAGAAGAAACACUACCUGAACACUCCAAGCCCUGUGAUACAAUGGAGCAAGCGGAGGGCAGUGACAAGAACAUUCCACCGAAGCCUUUACCUGAUAAAACAGUGCCUGUGCCUGUUGUAGUUCCUGUUGUGACUCGGUCUCCUCGUUUGACCAUUCCAUCAUUCACAAAGACAUCACCCAAUGAAUUAUACAGGAAACUACUGCCUGCUGUCUUGUUUCUACUGACUUUUGUUACUGUUAUGACUGUUUUAUUGGUUUAUAUGGAUACAGUGGCUUUGGGCGCACAACAGUUUCGUCUAAACAUGUCUCGUGAUUACGAACUGGCUAAGAUACCACAGGAGUCACCACCUCUUGUCGCUUACGUGAGGCAGUUGCACCUUGCGCCUCGGGCAGCACACGUCCAGCCACCAAACCCUGAACCCACUCCUAGAGUCAAAAUCCUGGAUCAAAUACUUGGAUCGGAGGAACAAGGGACUUUUGUAGAGUUCCUGCCUAAAGGACCGAGGGAUAACACUACAUUGUUUCUUGAGGCAGUACGUGGUUGGGAUGGUGUUGUGGUCAGAGCUGCGGCAAGAGAUUAUUUGGCUUUGAGAGGAGCGGCCAGGGCUUUGCAUGCUUGUCUUAGCCCUACUAAUCAUCCUCGUGAGGUGACAUAUCAAGAGUCGGAGAGCAGUGGGUCUGCGUUCAGGUCUCGUGUGCUCUGUCUACCUCUGUACACGGUGCUGCUGGCUGCGGAGGCGGCGCGUGCGCAGCUGCUGCUGCUGGCGGGGGAGGCUGCGUUGCCCGCACUCACACACCUGCCCUACCACCUGCCGGACUUACAGCUGCAGGUGAUAGAAGUAUUUUCAACGGACGCUUCAUAUCGCAACAAGACGUCAGAAUUCCUCGCCACCAAGAACUAUACAGUAGCGGCCACUUUUGCUGACAGCGUCAUGUACUCGCUCAGUCCACCCCGCAACUGAUACACCUUGAAGGUACACACUCAAUACUUAGGUAUUUUUAUUUUUAACUUAUGAUUACAAUCCACCGCUAACAACCUAGUUUGGUAUACUCGAAACAUAAUUUCACACUAAGGUAGUAUAGCCAGAGUAGUAUAAUUCAGUACUAGUAAUCACUAAGGGAGACUUCUAAAUUUAACUUAAAAUCUCCAUUCAAUUUCUUUAAUUUUGUUGUUAUGCUGUUUUGUGUGUUCAAAUAAUUGUAGUACAUUGUUCUACUGCUAUGUCUUAAUGCUCUACCCUAGUGUGAAAUCAACUUAAGUAAUAUUUCGAGUAAUUUUUAAAUAUUGGCCAUGAUUAAAAUGUUAAUAUUGUUUUUAACAAUUUGAUUUAAUGUUUAAAUUAAUGUGAUCGUCGGCCAUUUUGAAAUGGCGGGAAUUGUGUGUCUGGUUGUUAAUCUCAAAAUGUUUUAAUAUUUAAAGGUAUCUCAAUGAUAAGUGAUGUUAAUUUUAAUUGUGGUCACUUGUGUCCGUAAGUCACGUGACCGUAUGGUCAAAGUGACCAUAUGAUUGUAUAAAAAUAAUUAUUUUUUUUAAUUGUGUCUACGUUUUUUACGUAAUAUAAUAAUUGCAUAAUUUCCAA